CUUAGUGAAAAUGUUGCCAGAAGGUUAACGCAAACACUUCCCGAAGAAUUCGUCAAUUAUAACAAGUCGUUUUUGAGUCGAGUGUACCCGGCUGGAAAGCGAGUGGACUCGAGUAACUUUAAUCCACAAGACAUGUGGAACUGCGGCUGUCAAAUGGGUGAGUUAUAUUAUUGGCCGAUUAAUGUUGCACUCUAUAGAGCAUUUUCACAUGACAUCACGGCGGCCAUAUUGGUGUUCCAAAACAAUAAAACGGCGGCCAUGUUGGUCUACCAAACAAAUCCUGUGGGAGUUGAACUCUUUUCUUAUGUCAACGCUUCCUUUUGUUUCAAUAAAUUUGCAUAGAUGCUGGUCACGUGACUGAAAACGCUCUAUACAUGUAUUUGUAGCUGAGUGUUGUAUCGGAUUGCAGUUCUGGGACUUUUCCGGGGGACGCCAUAAAUUCUUUCAUUCAUUAUUACAUAGUAAUGCCGGACAAUGGGUCAAAAUUCGUUCCCCAAAACAGUCCCAUGCUGCAGUUCGAGACAACACUGACCCAGUCUCUAGCACAACCUUCGCUUUUCACUUCACUUCAAAUGAUUGUCGUUCAUUGAUCAAACUUAAGGAUAGAAUGUUUCUGGUCGUUCAACUCUAAGAAAGUCAUGAUGGCAAUGCCAAAGAGAAACUACUACCUUUAAACUACUUUGAAAUUGUUCCAGUUUGUUUAGUGUGCCUUACGUUGCGAGUUAAGACACUUUUUCAGGUUCAUAAAGUUAAGUUUCGUGUCUUUGUUCUCCAGAAAAAGUUGAUCAUUGACGUUUUCGUUUAUUGAAAAGGCAUGCAGAGAAUGACCAAAAUUUAAAGCGCAAGUGAAGAGUAUUUUUUGUAUCGUAACCUAUGGUUCUGUUCUCGCUUCCUUUGCCUUUGUGGUUACUUAACCUCCAUGUUGUGUUGCGUAAUUCUUUAUUUCCCGGUUUUUUUCUUUUUUCACCUCUAGUGGCACUAAAUUAAAAAACGCCCGGUCUUAAAUGAACUUAAGUGAUGGUAAAUUUCUUGAAAAUGGUGGCUGUGGAUAUGUUUUAAAACCCUCGGUCAUGAGAGAAGGUAAGGAAACAAAUCAAAUUGAUCCCAAGAGAAGAUUAAACUUUCUUGUUAGUAUUAUUUGCUGAAUAGGACACAAAAUCAUGGUCCACUCCGCACGUGGUUUGUCAUGCAAGUUUUUCUUUUGAGGUUUGAUUGUCUUAGCAGAUGCCUUAUUGACAUCUUAGGGUUAAAUGCAGACUAAAUGAUAUCUCUAUUAUUGUGGUUCUUCUUCAGAAGUGGCAUAUUUUAACUCCAAUACAAAGGAUGUCAUUCCAGGUGUUUCACAACAAAUUCUUCAAGUGAAGGCGAGUGAAUAAUCUAUCCUUUGGGAUGUGUGACAGUCUCUUUCGCAGUCUCUCCUGGGACAGAGCACGUUGCAUCAAGAGCAGGCUGGACGAGAGUCGCGGAGCAACGUUACUACGCGUUUGUCCUUCCCAAUAUCCUCCGCGCCGCACAUUACUUUUCAAAGUAGACCAAUACUAAAUGGUAGGAACUGGGAACAAGGUUUGGGGGUGUGAUGCGAAAACUCAUAAUUCUCACGGUACAGUGUUGUUUUGCCAUAUGAUGUAGUUAUGUUAGGGCAACUCUAAUUUAUAGUUUUCUUCAUUGUAAAUACUAUAGGACCACUAAGGUUUGCUGGGAGCUAAUUACAUCUAGUGUCCAUCUUGUGUUUUAUGUUCUUUCCUGUACUAUCAAGUUAGUCAGCUGUUCUGAAAUUCACCGUUUUCUUUCAGUGGUAGGUGAUAAGUGGUCAGCAGUUUCCCAAGCCAAAAGGCUCGACAGCAAAGGGUGACGUAAGUUUCAUGCUUUUUUAUUGGUCAUGUUUAUUAUGUGUCUUGACAUCGUUGACCUUGCCUACGUGUUAGGUGGCGCUCAAAGUACUGCCAAGAGGAAAGACCGGGUGUGUGCGAGGGGAGCGCGAGGGGCUCGCGAGGAAGGAAAGAAGGAUCGAAAAGAUAAUCCUUCCUCCAACUCUGCCUACACCUCGCGUUCUCAUGCGCCUGAUUUCACUUUCAGAACACCUGCUUUGUAAGCUACAAUCGACAACAAAAUUAGUUGAGACUCUUUGCCUUUAAGAGCCUCUCUAACGUUUUGCCAACUUAAAAAAGAGAAACUAUUUAUUUUCUCAUCUUCACCCUCUCCGAGUAAUGUUGUGCUGCUCUUCGAGCUACCUGUAGAAAACAACAAACACCCCAACGUUGAAUGGAGGGGACAGGGGAGGGGUGAGAAUUUUUUUGUUCCCCAAAGGACCCCAUUUGAUGAUAUGUCUUGGCAAUUUUGUCGCCGAUUGUAGUAAUGACUGUAAAUGCCCUCUUUUUGUGCAGGUGAUUGAUCCGUUUGUUACAAUCGAGAUAUUUGGUAUCCCAGCUGAUCUUUCACAAGAGCGGACCAGAGCUGUUCCUCACAAUGGUAAGAACCGCGGCAACGAAAACUGAGUUUUGCUUGUACAUUUUCAUUAACUGCUUCGCGGGAAUCCCAUACAUGAACAGUCCUGUAGUAGAGUAGUUGUAGCCGUGCAAUAACUUCUGCUAAUUGUUUAUCGAGGUUAAUACCACUCGGCUUAACUUCAUGAACUUCGUGCUUUACAUAUAAAACAUUGCCCCGGAAUGGGUUUCAUAUGUGUUUAGCACUUCUUGAUCUAUCUUGCUAAGAUCGGGUGAAUCUUUUCCGAAAGGAAGACAUGGGUUUCAUUGGUAACAGCCAAAAUUUUGAUUUUGGAAGGUCAGGUGGGGAAGCUGUUCGAGAAUUUCUGCCUUCCAUACUAUUCACUGGUUCUGUUUCUUACUCCCUUUCACUUUGAAUUGAAAAUAAGGUUAAAUUCAGUCUCCGCUUUCAUAAGGUAUAUCCACGAUAAUGCUUCGAGAAACAUUUUGAUUGAUCAAGUUCUCUUUCCGACAGGUUUUAACCCUGUAUUCGACGAAACGUUUGAGUUUCAUAUCAAUCUUCCUGAACUAGCCUUGUUGCAGUUUGUGGUACAAGAUGAUGACUUCAUUGGUGAUGGCUUUAUCGGACAAUACACCAUUCCGCUCAGCUGCAUCCAACCAGGUGAGAAUUAGGAUUGGACAAUUCCUGGAUUGUGCUAAUUACCUGAAAAAACGACCCCUUUGAUUUGCUUCAAGUCAAUAAGCCUUAGUUGGGACGUUAAUAUAACGCAAACUAUCGCUAUUACGACCUAAUUCGGCAGCAUAACAAAUGUAAGACAACUAACCAGCAAAUAAUUAACCCCACACUACCAACGGCUAAUCUUAAAUCACUCAUGUUACUUCACGCUGUUCGGCUUCGCCACUCGCUCGCCCACGCACUCGCUCAUGCGCUCGGCUAAGACUAACUUCAGGUGAAAGGAGUCUUAUGCUUUAAAAUUAGAGAGUUUUAGAUUCUAAGACAAGGACUACUACAAGGUUACGUAGUGCACGCGCGUGAACAAGCGUCAUUUUGGCUGGAAAACGCGAUCGCUGUCAUCAUUCUUCAACGGGUUUUAGCGAAAAUGUUCUGUUUGCGGAAACAAAUCAUAUUAUGUUACAAGUUUAAUCAUUUUGCGAUCGGGAGAGAUCUACAGUAACCACCUUCAAUGAAAAUAUCCGUGCUAACUUUUCUGAUUUAAACAAAAGACACAAUGAAGCUUUCAGCGGUGUAUAUUUUUUGAGAAUACGCGAAAAAGCUUUAAGUCAAUUCUCGUCCUGGAAUGUAGAGGUCUAUUAGAAUUUCUCGAGGUACUGGCGGAAGUUAAAGCUGUCGCUUCAAUGCAGUAUACUUGCAUCUGCAUACACAAAAUGGUUUGUUUAGUAAUGUAAUCAUUUUUUAUUAAUGCUUACUCUGCAUCUCAGGUUAUCGUCAUGUGAAACUCUUAUCAUCUCAAGGAGAAGCCCUCGAUUCCGCCACCUUGUUUCUGCACUUGACUGUCACCAAUCUAAACGACGCUGUAGCUGUAAGUCUCUUCAAGCUUGGUUUAGUAAUUCUCACUGAUUACGACAAAUGACCUGCUCAUCAUUAGAGUUCACAGUACUGAGUAGCUCAGUGCUUAGAGCAUCCACUAGUGUCUGGAAUGGCGUGGAUUCAAUUCCCAUCUGGAGAUCAGAAAAAACUCAGAAACUUUUUUUGAUUGCCAUACAUCUUUUUUUUUCACUUUGGUGUCAGGGAAUUUGAUUUUUCAUUGAUAUUGUUUCUUUGUUCGGUAUGGUCUUAAUUUACUCUUUAUGUUGUGUUAUUGUUUGAAGCAAAAACCAAGGAAAGCAUCUUUAAGGAAAUCGAAAAAGGCGCGUGAGGUAACUUAGCUUUCUGUUAAUGAUAACAAUAAUAGCUAACUUGCUUCUUUGUCGUAAUCCCUGAGAGCAACCAAGCUCAGAGCGAGAAUCCUCAGCUAAGCACUGGUUGUUGUUGUUGUUGUUUUCUCGCGAAUAGUGCUCUUAGUCCUGCUACUUCUCGUCUACUUACUCAUAUGAUUUGUUUAGUUUGUUGCACACUGUGUAUGCUCAAUACUGGUUGCGUAUUUUUCCGCGCGUGUAAUGUUUUCCGGCGUGUAACACUGUUGUAAUGCUGACCUGCGCUCAAAAUGGCCCUAGUAUGUUACAUAGUUUUCCAAUGCCCAGCGGACAUGACACAAAACGCUCUGGGGACGGCACAGUUCAAAUAAAUAUGGUUCUUUCUUCCUCUUAGCAGCAGUAUACUUUAGCGUUUCUCCACGUUUAGCAUUGCAACUAGUAUAUGCACUGCUCUGCUUAGCGGCCAGCCCUUUAAUGCGAGUGGUUGGUGGUGAGUUGUUCCUUUCCGAUAUUAAUUUCAAGGAUCUUUGAUCAUGUAUUGUGUAGUGACCUGUACAUUGUCGUAUGUUUUAGUACACAAGUAUGAAGACGGUUGGAGUCAAAGCGGUUGAUGAUACGUUUAAAGUGAGUAUAGUUACCUUUUACUCCUUCAGCAGCAACAACAUUUAACGGUGAAUUUAUUCCGUAACAGAGCAUGGCCCGUACUCUUCAAAGUCUACCAGCAGGCCUGGGUACUAACUCAAAGCACGCUGCUCCAUUGAUAAGGCACUUACAAACACACUGACUCUGUGGAGUAAAAGCGUCUCGGGGCUUUCUCUUUUGGUUAUAAAGCGAAAAAAAUGCGAGAAAAUUUAAAGAAAGAAAGCAGCGUAAAUGUUUCAGUACAGCAAUUUCUGCUAAGAGCCAAAGGUAAUUUAAGUCAUUCAUUUGCUGUGUUUUUUGAUUUGCUGACAAACCUGGCUGUAAAUUCUUAACCAAUCAGAAGUAAAAUCAAAACCAAUCGUGCCUUUCUAAUGGCGUGCAAUUUCCCGCUUUUGGCCGGCGUUGGCUAAAAGUAUUUGCUGUUAGAUCUGAUUUUUUCCUUUAAAUUGUGGGACAAUCGUAAUUGGCCACAGUAAUUUUAAAUUCAAUCUUUUUUUUUCUGUUGUGUUUCUCCAAUCAGGUGGCUUUCAACCUUCAGGGAUGGCACAGAUUGUCUCUUGAAAUUUCAAGGUAAUUCUUUUCUUUUCAACUGAUUAUGCUUGGUGGCAUGUUCGGUCCUUAUUCCAUUAGGUGGCUAGGUUCAACCCUAACCCUAUUUAAGGACAAAGAAAGGGACCCUUUUUGGCCUAAAGCCGAAAAAAUGACACCCUAUUCAAGAAAAAUUAAAAUGUGGCUUGAAAGCGUUACGUAUAUUUACCCGCUUAACGGCUAGUAAACCUGUUACAAAAUCAUUUUGUUAAUACUUAAACGGAUGCAUCAAGUUAAAAAAAACCCUUUCGUUUAGACGAGCGUUUUUUCAACUGAUUACAAUUAAGCUACCCUAUUAAGGACCACACCAGGGACAAAGAAACAAAAGGUGGCAUGUUUAAGGACCGAGAACCUCAAAACCAUAUUAUUCCGCGGCACGUACCUAUCGGUCCUUAUUCCAGUUUAUCCCGCACUGAAAAAGUGUUGUAGAUUUUCUUUGUACAGAUCGUUAGUAAUGGCAAGGGUAUACUAGAAAAUGGUCCUAACUGCAUUAAACAGAAACGUAAUAUUUCAUUUUACUUAAAAUCGAGUAAUUUUCGCUCCUAAAUUUAAGGAUUUACAUUCUAACACAGCACUGCCUUCUUUCUAAAGUGGUGCGGCGGGUAUUCGAGUGAAUGCCGUUUCCCCAGAUACCCGUAGUAGCUGAAGUUAUUUGCAGGAGAUUGCAUUAGACCAGAUCAGAGUUGGGUCGUCACCCAGCCAAAAUGAGAGUUUUUCCCAGUAACUACUCAGUACCCUGUGUCAUUUUAAGCUCUGUUUUUUUUUUGGAGGAAGUCUGUGGCGUAGCGCCCCGAUCAAACCUUAAGCAGUGUAUCAGACUCUUGGCUUCUCGACUGGACUUAACGUCAGAAUUCAUGGCUUUGGGCCUUGUUAUGAAAGAUGAGGUACUGUUAAAGACAUUUUCACUUCUUGUUAUAAAUAGGCCAGUUUGGAAUUAUCAAAAUUCAUAUACUUGGAGAAUAAUGGAAAAGAAAUGAAUUCAGUUUAUCCGUAAAUCUCACUUCAAUGUCCUUUGUUAUUCCCCUCAGUCUCGAGAAGAGAUGAAGAGAGACCACGGUUAUGUUAUCUGUAAAACGAAAAAGUUGGUCAUUUCACGUGUUAAUUGACAGAGGACGACAGACAAAAUGUACCAAAAGUGUAAUGCACUUGCAGAGUUGUUGUUUUGCCAUCUAAACCUAGCUAUAGGUUUUGUUUUUGUCUGUUUGUUUGUUUGACGGUCCCCUUGCCCUGACUGUCGUAGUUUUUUGUGGGUCGGGUGAAACGCCGUGUUUCAUAUGAUCCGAAUUUCCUGGAUUACAGUUUGGGUCGACCUAAAUUAUUAAGUUCGCCCGUUGGGUAAAACGGCCGUACAUUUAAAAAUCCAGAACUGGUCUUUUCGCUGAGCAGCUUUGUAAGACAAAUUAAAUUGAGUCCUGCUCAUUUAAAGUAAGGCGUUUGGCCCAGGCGAUAAGGUCCCUAUUUACUUGUUUUUCCAAAGUUCAUCUUUUGUUUUACAGUAUCCUUUUUUUGAGGCACACGGAAGCUUACCCGAGAUGUUGAAAAAAGCCGUGACAGCGAUAUAG